UGUGGAAGGCGAGUGAGGGGAGGUGUGUGGACGGGGAAAGACAAGUGAGGGGGGGUGGGUGUGUUCAUGAGUAUAUAAGACCUGGCAAGUGCAUGGUCAUCACUCCUCGUCAACACAGAGACGAGUAACGUUUGAGAAUUCGGCUCCCAGUCGACUACUACCAAGGCGCCUCCGAUUUGCACAUACUUCGUUCACUUCUAAGACAGCAGAGGUCCAGCAAAAUACAGUCAAAACUCUCCGAGCCACAGCAAAACAGCCAAGAUGGUGGUACAGUUUAAAGUGUUCAAGAAACCGGCUCCCAACGGCAAGUUAACCAUCUACCUGGGCCGCAGGGACUUUGUUGACCACGUCUCUGCCGUCGACCCCGUUGACGGCGUGCUGGUGUUGGACACGGAAUAUCUUCAAGGUCGCAAGGUAUUUGGCCAGCUUGUGUGUAGCUUCAGGUACGGCCGAGAAGAAGAUGAAGUGAUGGGCCUCAGCUUUCAAAAAGAUCUCUACCUCGCUUCCCAGCAAAUCUACCCACCCAAAGAUGAUGCUCAGAUCACCAAGCUCCAGGAACGGCUCAUUAAGAAGCUGGGAGGGAACGCCUAUCCCUUUUCCUUCCAUAUGCCAACCAACGCCCCGCCUUCAGUCACCAUUCAGCCAGGGCGGGAUGACGAGGGUCGCCCUUGUGGUGUCGAGUAUUACAUAAAAGUCUUCGUCGGAGAGAAGGAAGACGAACACAGCCACAAGAGAUCCACAAUAGUAAUGAACAUCCGUCGCAUCCAGUUUGCUCCUAGCAAGGUGGGUCGCCAGCCGCGCACCGUCGUCAAGAAGGACUUCAUGCUGAGCCCUGGAGAGCUGGAACUGGAGGUAACUCUCGACAAGCAGCUCUACUACCACUACGAGAACAUCACCGUCGACUGCAUCAUUAAGAACAACAGCAACAAGACAGUGAAGAAGAUCAAGGCCGCUGUCCAGCAGUCCGUCGACAUCUGUCUCUUCUCCGGGGGUCAGUACCGCACCACCGUCGCCAGCGUCGAGACCCAAGAUGGAUGUCCAAUCAACCCAGGGUCCGGCCUCCAGAAGCAGCUGACACUCUCACCGACACUCAGUAGUAACAUGGACCGCCGGGGUAUAGCGCUUGAUGGUCACCUCAGGAACAUUCAUACCAACCUCGCCUCUUCCACCCUGUUGGCCAACCCUGAGUCUCGGGAUAUGUUCGGGAUGGUGAUCUCGUACACGGUGAAGGUGAAGCUCUACCUCGGGGCCAUUGGCGGUGAAGUGACAGCUGAACUGCCCUUCAUACUUAUGCACCCCAAGCCUGACCUGCGUCGACUGAUGAGGGGCGAUAGUCAGGCUCAAGUGGAGGCCUUUCGCUCUGAGAGUAUGGCUGGCACGGUGGAUGAGAGCUGAGCCCCUGCCUUCCUCUUCCGUAUCCUUCCCUUACCUUGCCAAUCACUGGCCAACUCUGCCUUCCCUGCUCCAUCUACCACGGUAUAAUUUUCUGCCGCGGUACGCCAGAGGUAACCCUUUCCUGACUUCUCUUCACAAUAUCCUUCCCUCCAGCGCACUCCAAGCGCUCACUUUAUCUGUCCGCUGAACUACUCUGUUGUCUAAUAAAUCAUCAGGAAGGAAAGAUGUGAUAGGCAUGUUAAUAUUUUGUCUUUUUCUUGUGUUGGUCGACGAGCCUGCAUUCAUCUUAAGUUGUAUUCUUUAUACACAUGUUCGUAUAUGUUGAAUGUAUUAACAAUGUUCUUGAAUAUUGUUAAAUAUUGUUUGAUCUAAUUAUUUUUUGUUUAUAUAAUGAUUUGUUAUAAAACAGACGACACAAGAA